GAUAACACGUGAACGCACCGAGUGAAACGGCUGCACUGACGAGGAGCGAACUGACACACGGGCUGCCUAACUCAGUAAGUCUGUCAUAUUUGUUUGGAGACAACUCUCCGAAAUACCAACCAGUACUUUGUACUUGUUAAGUGACACAAAUGUCGUUCGAGUAUCCCAUUUCGACGGUUUAGGUUUGACGAAACUGUUCUUGAGGCUUGCUAGCAUGUGUUAGCUCGAGUUAGCUGUUUUCAUCACCCUGUAGCUAGCCUAACCGAGGAGCCCUCAGCUGUUCACUGUUCAGCACUUCCCUACCUGGAAGUAACGUCAGCUUGUUUGUACACCUGUGCCCCCUCUUUUUUACACGCCAAAACCUCUCGUGUAAUCAACCUUUAAUCGGAUUUAUUGCUUCGUUUGAGAUAUCGUUACCUAUUUGAUUUCCACUCACAGACCACUUUAUGAUCACCACUUUUCUAGUUGACAUUUUGACACUUGGACAGUUAGCUUCAAUCUCUGCCGUCGGACUAAAGCAACGUCAGCAACGUCAACGUCGGUGUUGGCUGUCAGUGAACGCCCCAUAGUAUCAAUGCUCUAAAUACGUGUCAGUGAACGCCUCACAGUAAAAAUGCUGUAAAUAAGUGUCAGUAAACGCCUCACAGUGCUGUGCUAAUUCAUUUCUUUAUUCUUUCUUCCUUCAAACGCAGCUUUCCGAGACUCGGGCAUGGACCAAGACAACAAUUCAGAGGUUUGUACACGACUAACAUUCUGUUAAGAGUGGGGAAAAAGACGUGUUUCUUUUAUUGGUGCUUUAAUAACACGUGAUUCAACGUCUUCGCCUUUAAGUAAGACUCCUGAGAAAUGUUAAUUAACAUAUGUAUAGAGUAAUUAUGUUCUGUAUGGCGGCCAAUACGUAUGUAUGAAUGUGUGUGUGUUUGUGUGUGUGUGUGUGUGUGUGUGUGUGUGUGUGUGUGUGUGUGUGUGUGUGUGUGUAAUUUGACUUAACUUUACAAAGUAAUGACUUCUUGUGUAACUUUGUUUUUCUUAAUCAUUAUUUUGUCCUCAUUCUGUUAUUUUAACUUAGAUUUUAACUUUUCUUUUUUACUGGAAACAAUAACAUUAAUUUUUAUACCAUAUUAUAAAUAGCGAUCCCAUAAUAUUGAUUUUUUUUUUCACAAUAAUGACUUACAGUCUUAUAUAUUUUUUACUUUCUGCCUCGUCUCUGGUAUCUCAUCCUUUUAGUGUGUUUUAAGGAGUAUUUAAUUCCGAAAUAUUAGACUGAUUUUCAUCCAAACAAACUUUUAUUAAAGUAUUUGAGUGGGUGUUUUUGUUUGUUUGUAUGUUUUUUUGGUGUGUGUGAGUUAUUGUCGUUGUUAUUGUUGCUGUUGUUUUUACAUUUUUAAGCUGCAAGUUAAAAUGAACAAAAUUUAAAAAAAAAAAAAUUGAAACACUUGAGUUGAGAUGUAAAAGGUCUAAAGUGUAAGUUUCUGAAAUAACUAAGGGUUAAUGUUGAACUUUUUUUCAUGGAGUUCUGAUUUGCUGAAAUGCACCUGUGUUGUUCGUCUGAGUCCAUAAAUACAUUGACACUCCUGUCUUGAUUGCCAUAUCAUGUUGUGAAGGUACACACUGACUCAUAACUUUUUCUACUUUAGGGUGAAGGAAGUUUGAAACAUUACUAAUUUGAUUACUAAACACACUUUCCACACAGCAGUUACAAUAUGAUGUGCAAUCAGCUGGAAUGUCUGCACUUAUAGAGGAAUAAUCUCUUAAUCUUAUGCUAAUAUAAAGUCCCUCUAUUGUGUCUGAAUAUCUUGACAGGAUGAGUCAGUCGGCCCAUCAGAGGAUCCUUCAGAAGAGGACCUGCCUUGUAUACCUCCAGGCCUCUGUAAGCUAAGUUUUGUUUAUGCAUAAAAGUGUCAAAGAGGGUAGCUUUUCUGUGUUAUUGUCUGUGUUGUACAAAAUUUUAUGUCUGUAAAAUGAGAAAAUACAUGUAAUUUUUUUCUCAAAUGGGUCAGCGUGGGUUUCAAUAACAGGUUCCAACCUGGUGUCUGUGAGGGCGUGUAAAUUUCAGUUCUCCUUUUUGACUCCUAACAGCAGUAGAAGUAUUCAAGGAUUAAACCUCAGGGAGAACUUUGCAGACCACAUAAAUUGCACGUACCUGUCAGGACCUGCUGUGUUGAUGUAACGCCUUAUCAUUUGUGACGCAGUAUGUUAACAGAUGUGUGUGAGACAAAAAAAAAACAAACAACUCAGUAUGACACAUAUGUAAUGAAGAUAUUCUAUGCAAGAAAGGAAGAAGGAAGCGAGGCCAAUAUGACGAGGCAUUUACAUGAACACUUCAUGACUCUGAGGGAGUGCACUGUCACUGAUGUGCUGCAGUCUCCUCUGCACUAAAACACUCCUGCUGCUGCAGCUGUAGCAACAUCUCCUCACACUCAGACCUGGGGCGCUGACCUCGCAGUCUAAGCACACGUCCCCUGUACAGAGUUUGAGUGACUCUAGCCUGCAGCCCCUCUCCUGCAUGUCACCUCCAUCCUGAUGCUUCAAAGCUACUCAGCAUUUGAUAUCAGCAACAAAUGACUGCUUUCUGAACUAUUCUCACAGGGUUUUUACCCAGCUGAAUUUUUAACUCUGUUUUGUUGUCUAGGACUAAACUGUUAGUAAUCAGGCCUACUUUAAGCAGCUGCAGGGAGCUUUUGCAAAUAAAGUCUGUGAUAGAGGAAGAGCAACAAGUUUUCGUAUUUUUAACGAGUAAGAGCAUCUUAUUUUGUGCUUGGGCUGGAGGACAAGUCGACUUAAAUCUGAGAGGUAGCCUGAGAAACGGCUGCAACUGCGUAGAGGAAACUUUUUGUACGAGGUGUUGUGAGUUGCUUUUUCUGCAGCUCAAAAAAAGACAUUUGUGCUUUAAUGCUGAGUUGCUUCAUUGGUCAAAUGUGCGAUACUCUGCAAAAUAAAAAUGAAUUCUUUCCUCAGGUAUUCAGUAGUUAACAAUGUGGGGCAUCUGACCUUGUGUUUCUGCUCCUCCAUGUGUGUGUUUUGCUGCUCCCAGCGGAUGGAGAAACGAUGGAGCUCCUCUGGCAGCUUCGAGCGCAGCGUCGCCAAGCAUCCCCCGACCUCCCUGAGACCGUGACCCGUCUCACUGCUGCUGAUGGCAGCCUCCUCUACCUGGUGGGCACGGCUCACUUCAGCGACAGCAGCAAAAAAGAUGUGGCCACGGUGAGCUGAUGAGAACUCGUAAUAAUGAACUAAUAAUAAUAACUUUAUUUGUGUUGCACUUAAAAAAACAAGGGUUUACAAAGUGCUGUGACAUGCGGAAAAACGAAGGAGUAAGAUAAAAAACAACAAGAGAACACUCAGGGGAAGAGAACCUAAACAAGAUCAAAACCCAGAGACCAAGGGAACGGAAGUUUUCGAAGGCAAAUAAAAAAAGAAGGAAUAAGAACUAGACACAUUAAGAGAGGUAAAACUGUAAAUGAAGAAUAGAUGUAAGAAGACAACACCACAUGAAAGAAAGUCUAUAAAAAUGAGUUUUAAGAAGGGAGUUAAAAGGAGUGACUUUGUUAACCAGGGCUGGAGUGCCUCAUUUGACCUCUUGUUGGUAAAAAGGAGCAGCAGAGUCCAAGAGAGAUUUACAAGUCUGAUUAAAAAGAGAGAGAGGAGCUCUUCUGGGUUAAGAUCUGGGUUAAAGAUGCAGAUUAAAAAAGCUCCUUAAACUUGCCAUCAGACGUACAAUUAAAAACCUUUUAACCAAAAUCUGUCUGGAAUAAAACCAUGUUAAAUAAAUCAUUUUGUGUUCUGACACACAGAUAUCCUUCGUCAUAAAAUCAUUAGGGCUAAGACCACAGUGUAAAGCUAAGUCAAGUGUGUGUUUUUUUUGCAUGUGUGGGUUCCUGGAUGUCCUGGGUCAGGUUAAAAGAGUCUGAAAUUUCUAAAAAGUCAGCUGUCAGAGUUUGAGAGGAUAACAGACAGGAUCAUGACAGGAUUUGUGCAGCGAGCUGUGCUAUACUCACCAUUUUUAAACGGUGAUAUGUCAUAGACUGUCAGAGCGUAUCUCUAUUGUAAUUCGCUUGGCAGCGCUCUUUUCCCAGGCGUAAUUUUGUCUUCUUCUCCACAAUGACUCCCCUGUCUUAUUUUACUUCCUCCCCUGCUGCUCAGUGCUUGAUGCUCUCUUCUUCUGUCUCUUGUGUUUUCUGUCUUUCUUUGCCCCCCCCCCUCCCCUCACACAGACGAUCCAAGCCGUGCAGCCAGACGUGGUGGUGGUGGAGCUGUGCCAGUACAGGGUAUCCAUGCUAAGGAUGGAUGAGAACACACUGCUGAAGGAGGCCAAAGACAUCAACUUGGAGAAGGUCCAGCAGGCCAUCAAACAGGUCAGGAUUACAGAGGGAUGAGAAUGAACAUUGGCGGAGAGAGAGAAGAGAAGAUGGAGAAAGAGGAGGAAUGAAAAGGAUUACAAUUAUUAAUGGAGGAAUAAAUCUUUUCAAAACAAGAUUAAGAUUUAGUGGAGCGCUUUUAGUCUUUUCUCUACUUUUCCUUUUGUCCUCUUAUGUUUUCUAGAUUUGCAGCUGUAAGUGGAUAAAACUGAACGUCUCUUUUGCUGUCAUUACACUCCACCUUUAAAAUUUGACCACUGACUCUUUCAUUCUGCCUCUGUGUUUGUCAGAACGGGCUGAUGUCCGGCCUGAUGCAGAUCCUCCUGCUCAAGGUUUCGGCUCACAUCACGGAGCAGCUGGGCAUGGCUCCAGGAGGCGAGUUCAGAGAGGCCUUUAAAGAGGUAAAACAUGCGCAUACGGAGCAAAAAGAAGAGGACAAAACUUUCUGUUUUUUGUGACUCGAAUUGUGUCUCUGUCUGCACAGGCUGGACAGGUGCCGUUCUGUAAAUUUCACCUCGGGGACAGGCCCAUCCCUGUGACGUUCAAAAGGGCAAUCGCUGCGCUCAGUCUGUGGCAGAAGGCCCGUCUGGCAUGGGGUCUCUGCUUUCUGUCAGACCCAAUCAGGUAUGAGCCUCGCCCUGCCGUAUUCAGUCAUCACACUAAUUGUAUUGUGUCUGUAUCUCUGUCUAGAAAUUUCUCUUGGGAUCACUGCAGCUUAUAAAAUAAUGCACACUCAUCGUCCAGACAUGAGCCCUUUAAUUCUAACAUUACUCAAAAAGUGGACUUCACAAACUCUUGAGUAAAAAAACUGCUCGAUUAUUGGAGCUCAUUCCAAGAAGCCGACUCAGGUGGGAGUGUUUUUGUGUGGGGUGCAUCGGGGCUGCUGUGUUUUUUAUCGUAUUAUUGAAGUCGUCACCUCACUACACUUGGUGCAGAUCCUUGCAGAUGAAGUGAAGAAUGGACAGCAGUAUUCUGGUCUCAAAUUAGCACCCACUGAGCUCUAAGUGAAGAUAGAAUUUCUGUUUUCUGCACAUUUAAGAGAUCUAUUCACCACAGAUGGGAACAUUUCUGCACUUGGAAGUUUAUUCUCUUUAUUUCAGUUGAUCAUUUUGAGGCUGGUUAGUGCAGGUAUGUUCUCAGAGGCUGAUAUAACUGCAGCUAAAUCCUGACUGAGAGACAGAGACUCAUUGUGUUGUUUUGAAAUGAUGUUCGUCUGUAUGAGGAGAGUCUUUAUAAGCACAUCAGCUGCUGCUGGAAACCUGCAUCAUUUCAUGAAUGGAUGUUUAACCGUAGCAUGCAACCCCUCCAAAAAAGCCUGCAUGCGGCCAUCACCUCAUGUGCAUGUAUAACAGCAGAGAGAGAUGUUUUUAUAAAUAAAGAAGUUGCUGUUUGUUCACUUUCCAGCUAAACUGAAUCUGUGAAGUCUAGAUUUUAGUUUCCCUGCUGUAUCCUUGUUGAUAUUUCACUAUGAAAUAAGCCGAUAUUUCCAUGUAAAGAGUGGGAAAAAGCAAAAGUAUGACUUUUUGUGAUUGUAAAUGAUGGUUAAAAAAUGGGGGGAAAUGUGGCGGCAGCAGCUUUUUUGCUCUGAGCUGUUUUUUUUUUUUUUGUUUUUUUUUGUGAAUAAAUUCAGCUGAAGUGUUUUCGUGCUCACAGUUAUUGUGAGCAGCGCGGCUGUCCGUCUCUCUGCAGAUCUGUUUGGAAGAAAGCAACAUGCACCCACACGCUUUAUAGAGAACAUGCAACUCUGCCAGUUUUUUAAGCUGCUAGCGUGAAAGUGUGUGUGAGCGAGCUCUGACUGAAAGCUUUAAGUGUCUUGUGUGUUCAUCCUCUGACAUCUCUUACGUUGAGCUCACACACGGCUGUUGAAACUCAAAAGUAUGCUUGGAAAGCCUAUUUUCUGGGUGAUUGGCAAAGCCUGUAAACGCCUUUUAAAGCUCAGCACUUGCUGUAGCCGCGUCCUGAUUCUGGGGUUCAAUCCCCUGAAUUGUGGAUUAAAAGAGGAGAAAGCAGCAGGAUGAAAAGGAUCUAAAAGUCUCUACAUUAUGCAGUUUUUUAUUUUUUAUUACUAAAAUACAUCAAGAGAAAUCUUUUUAUUGAAAAUGUUCAGUGUUUAUGGAUGUGGCGCUUUUUAUUGUUGACUCUCAAAGGUAAAAUACUUGUUAAAUCGAAAUGUCCAGUCUGUCUUAUGUGCACUCAUGUGACUGUCUGUUUGUGCCUCAUGUUUCAGCAAAGAGGACGUGGAGAAGUGCAAACAGAAAGACCUGCUCGAGCAGACCAUGUCAGAGAUGAUCGGAGAGUUUCCCGCCCUUCAUCAGACCAUUGUGGCUGAACGAGACAUCUACCUCACACACACGCUUCGCCAGGCUACACGCUGUGUGGAGGCUCCUUCUAAUGCCCAGAGUACGUACCAAUGUACAGGGAGUCAGCUAUCACAUGACUCCACUGCUUCAGACAGGGAGCAUGACUGUAUCGUGACUCAUAACCACCGAAAAAUACUCAGAUCUUAGAGUUUAUGUCCUAUUUCUACUAAAAAGUGUCUUACUAACACUUAACUACCGAUUUAUUUACUUGGCUUGGUUGAAUUUUAUGGCAAAAAUGAGAGCUCAGUUGCUUGUAAUAAAUAAGAAAAUGUCUAAUCUCAACAACUUGAUAAGUAAUCUUUUCUCUUCUUCCACUCUUAUGUGUAUUUUUUUCAAGCAAUUUAGCUCUUAUUUUUGCCAUCUAAUGUCUUAAGAUGAACCAGUUUUCUGGAGUUGUCAGGUGAGUGUGGCGAAACUGAGCCUAUUAAGACAAAAACACCGGCAGAGAGUUUUUGCAGAGGUGGUACUGCAGACUGUACACACACACACCAAAACAGCUGUUUGAGAGGUAGAAGCACAAGAGGGACAUCAUAUGACAAAAGCAUCACCUGUAACCUGAUGAUAUUUGAUAAGUGAUUAAAGUUACCUGCAACCUUUUGAGUCAAGAUACAUUUUUUACUUGACUCGAUUCAACAAAUAUCUGCCUUAAAGGAAAUUUCAGAAUAAAAGCCUCACAUGAAAACAGGAGCAGCCUCUGCACAGAUGAAAAUACUGUAUAUCAGGCUUUUUGCUGUUGAAGGCAGUGGUGUCAGACAUUCAUUUCUAAGCAUGAGACAUGAACUUGUUUGCUGCAAGGCCAAUCUCAGCUCCCUAGUCCUUUUGUUUGCUGUCUUACAUGUAUGUAUGCAUAUCUAUAAGUUGAUAAUUCCACAUGUAUAAAAAGCUGCUGUUAAAUUCAAGUACUUGUUUUCUGCUUGCACUUGUAACACUGCAACAUUGAAUGGUCUUAAAGAUUACUUUUAAAAUUAUUCUUAGUAUCGCUUCAUUCUUGAAUAAAACUAGGUAUAUUGCUUCAUCAAUUUUAAAUAAAAAGUUCAAGCUUAAAAAAAUACACACCACCUCAUUGUAGCACCACAAACUCAGUGGUGUAAUAAACCAAACAGUGGUGAUAAGGCAGUGUGAAUACCACAGAGAGUGGUCAUGGAAAUGCUCAGUCAUGCUUCCCUUAUAAAGAGUCACACUGACUUUGCAGAAACAGAGGGGAUUUUUUUUUCAUUCUGUGUUUUUAUCCCUAAAGCCAGUUUGCAAUUAAGGCAGCCACAGGGGUGUGAUACUUAAUGCUUAAUGCUCAUCACUGUGUCUUUGGCUUACAAUACCAACAAAGGGAGAAUCAGGACUUUAGUUUGUGUUUGUGUCAUCAAAAAAGGGUAGCCUGUGGAUCAAAAUAUGAUAGAUUUUUUUUGUGUGUGUGUAAUAGUGUUUGUUUUGUCUUCCUGUAGAAGUGCCUGCUGUGGUGGUGGGAGUUGUGGGGAUGGGUCACGUUCCUGGAAUAGAAAGAAACUGGGAGAAGCCGCUCAACAUCAGUGAAAUCAUGAGGUAUGUUUGUCUUCUUCGUGUGUGGUCUCAGUGCAAAAAAAGUUAGAAUGCUGUUUAAAUGCUGACAAAACAGAUGUUACUGGUUUGCAAAUCAUCUAAAAUCAUUAUUUAAUUAAAAAUGAAAUCGAAACUGAAAUCCUCUAUCAGGCAAGACUGGGACAACAUUUUACUUUCAGCCUCCAGAACCUGGUCUGCUGGGUUCACUUACAUUGCCUCUGGACUGUUUCCAUUCAAAUAUUGCCUUUUAAAUGAUUUGCAGACCAUCCACAUGUUACACAGCAGCCUGGAUCUUUGUAGUCCAUUAUAGGAAGUCUGUAACAGAAGUUUUCUGACUCAAGCUGCUCGAUGUGUCUGUUUGUCUCUUUUUUUAGUGUUGCACCUCCGUCACGUGUCAGCUGGGUGCUGCGUACGGUCUUUAAAGGUGUGAUGAUGGGCAUGCUGGGAUACGCUUGCUACCGAGCUGGAGGGGGUCUAGGCCGGGCCCUGAUGUCGUUAUCUGCUGUCCAGUCUCUACUUCAGACUCUGCAGCCCCCUACGGCUUGACCCCACUGGUUCUUUAAGCCAUCAGUGACAUGACCUUUGUCUUUUUCAAACAAUGCAUCUUUCACCAAUGGCCUUAAAAACAGGAAGUGAGGCUGGAGGAACGGUUUCACCAGCCCACCCGAUGAACUUCAAGGACCUCAGGGGGACCGAAGCCUCCCAACUCCUCUCACUGUCCCUGUAGAGUCUGCAGGGCUGUACUGCCAAAGAAACCUCGACAGUACUCUUUGAUUCUUUCAUAUUUAAAUCCCAUAAUUUGUAAAGUUUACAAAUGCCAAUGAUUCCUCUGCAUAGAUUUACAUUUUCCCUACCAUUCCUUUAAGUAACUCACACACACAUACACACACACACACACACACACACACACACACACGCACACACACACACACACACACACACACACAAACACGUUAUCUGACAUCACCCUCAGCCACUUGCUCCAACAUAACUGAGCCAUCACCAGAGAGGUUCAUUUUUCUAACCUGGUCUCCUGAUUCCCUCCUCUUCUGGUGCCAACCAGCAAUUUCUGUAAAUGACCCAUGUUGAGUCCAGCACUUUAUAUGAGACUGUAGAGAGUCUGUUUCUCUACUGCGGCCUACAGAAGGGUUGAGAGUAAGGGCCUGUGUCCACUCGCAGCUUUUUUUGCACUUUCAGCCACCUCAAAUUCAAAAUGCUUCCUCCUGACACUUUUGUUUUAAUUUUAUUCAGGUAAAUUUGACAAACCAAUGGUAAUAAUGAUGGAAAAGGAUCAUGUCUUUGAACUUGCAGCAGCUCUAACUACACCUAUGUAUAGAAAUGAUACCUUUGAAAAAACAGGUCUUGGUGCGUGAGAUAAACUCCGCCUAGUUUCUUCCUGCUGUUGCACUUUUCAAAAUUGACACUUAAAGUCAUGCCCCUACUUUUUUAAUUGGUCUGUGGUAGAAAAUUGCCAUUGAGUGCAGUUUUAAUGCUCGAAAGGUGAAAUAUUUUCAUACUUUGAGACCACUGACUGUCUUUGAAUGGCACACCUCCAUGUCCUUCCAUUGUAAACAAGUAAAGCCAAGAUACACCUGCAAUUGACACUGAUAUUUUUUGCUUGUAGUGCAUUUUGGAUCCAUGACCAGGAAUGCACGAAGUGGUUCUUUGUCAAUGUGCUGAUACAUUCAAACUCUGAUGCUCUGAUUCAACAAAGACACGCCUCUGUCUCACCCAUCAAGCUCCCUUGAAAAGUUUGUGUAUAGGUUUGUUAUAUUUCCUAUCACUAGUCCUCCUAUCCUGAUAAUCUGAUACACACAGCACUGCAAGGGCCUCAUUGGUCAACAGAGCUGUCAAUCAUACUCUUUUUGUUGCAUCAACUAAUUCAAACUAAAUUUUUUGGAAAUUUCAGAGGUUUCAGCUUGAUAGGACUAACUAUAAUGAGAGAAACCAUGUUUGAGGAACAUUUGACAUAUAUUUUAAGAUUAUGACUUGACCCAUAUUCCACCUGUAAAAAUGGACGAGGCCUGGUUUGUGACCUAUACUGCCGCUGGUCAGUAGGGGGAGCUCUGAAUGUGUUGGCUUCACUCUCGUAUUGUCCAUAUUUUAUACAGUCUAUGGUAGCAACAAAAAUCCACCAAUACUAAGGAGUGGUUUGUUCCAAGGACACAAAACUUUGUUGGUUUUGUACAGAAAACAGGCCCAACUGCUGCAAAAAAGACUGCUGCCAGUGGACACAGGCCCUAAAGCAGAAAAGCCAGAACUAUAAUAAACAGAGUAUAAUAAUAUAUACAUUCACACACACAUAUAUAUUUAUAUAUAGCCUGGAGAGUCUUCAUAAUGGUAUUAUUAUAGUGUGUGCAUGGAGUGGAUCUAAUGGUUGUGAGGGAAAAACAUUUUUGAAGCUGGAGGCUGACCGUUAUCUUUAAGUUAGGAAUGAUCUCUCGUAUGAAGAGUAUAUUCUUCAUAAGAUUAAGACUAAAUUUAACAGAUAGAGGAUAAAAAUUUGACUGCGUGUUCAUGAACCUGGCCAUAUUAUCAGAUAAGUGCCUCAUAUUGCGGCAGUCAGGGCUCGAGGUGAAAUAAACAGCAGCAAAAAUAUGUUAAAUUAAACUGUUAAAGUGAAUGUGAAGGAACUUGACAUUAUACAGUUUUAUGAUAGGCAUGUUUUUGAAACACUAUUACCCCUAAAUAUAGUGCAGGCUGUAACGUGCAUCCGGUUGCAAUAAUAUCUUAAUUUAUAUUCAUGAUUGUACCUCCAAUAUGAGGCACCUUCUUAUUCUGGCUUAACCGUAUAAUGGUAUAAUGGUUAAUACUUUGAACAGAAAACUAUCCUUUAAAAAGUCUCCUCAUGAGAAAGCUGAGGCAACUGUUUGAACAUCUAUGACACAUACAUCAUCACAGCCAGAUUCAGUAUAAAACAAGAGUUCAAAUAAUACCACAAAAUGAAACCCGUUGCUUUUAAAUUAAAGAUUGAAUUGGGAGCAUGGAAGGGAUGAGACUUUGUAUCAUAUGAGAUGUGUAAUGGAGUUGUUUGGACUACUGUGAUGGAAACAGAGUGCAGACUGUUCAGAGUUUAGAGGUAAAGCCUUACACUGCUAUCACUGCUGCCUUUGACCCGACUUGUAUCUAUUGAACAGUUUGUUGUUGCACAUGUUCAAAUUUGCUCGACUUACUUGCAGGAGAUUCUGAUCGAGUAUUUACAUGAUGCAAGGCUUUAUGCCAUAAGCAAUCUGCAGGUAUUCUUAAUUUUGAUUUUACUGUUUUUAUGUAUGCAAUAUGGAGGAAUAUUUUUACUGUCUUUAAUUUGUAAAUUGAACUAAUAGGGGACCAGAGUGAACAAAGCAGUGCCGUUUAAUUUUCAGUCGUGAUGAAACUGUUGAUCCAGGUAUGAAACUAACCCAGAGAACUGUCUUCCAACCGAUUAAACAAUGCUUUUGCAGAAGUAACAGAUAAGUGGGUUGCAGUAAUGCGCUGCUGGUCCUCUAAUAAAGGCAAAAACAAAAAAUUUCUCUGUCCUCUACCCAUAACACUUCCAAAUGUUUCACCUGCUGUGUGCUUGAGAAAUGCCAGGAGGAAACAGGAAGAAUGCUUGUACUGGUAAUGAAAUUUAUUCUCCGCACUCCUUUGUGGUGUAACUCUCAUUAAGCCAAACAUUAAAGCCCAACUCUAUGAUUUCUUUUUACAUUUUCAAUAAACUUCAUUUGCCUCUGAA